AUGGUCGCCACAUUCUCCGUCAGCACAACGCUCCGACGAGCCCCUGCUCUCGUCGCUGCAUCUUCAUCUCCCAUCCGAUCUCUUCACUCGACUCGCAUCGUUCGUGCCGGCACCUCUUCCUCCUCCGCCUCUGCUGCCGACGAGGAGUACCCUAGCGAGAACUUUGGCGCUCCCAUCUGGCGUUACACCUUCCUCGGAGCUAUUGCCGUCUUCGGCCUCUACCGCAUCUCGACCCUUCACGCCGACCCACACCCUUCCCGAGCCUCUUCCUCUGGCCGUUCAGCACCAGGCAACGAGUCGGAAGACAACCUUCACUCUGAAGGCCAGCAGAAGCCAUGGCUCACCCGAUACAUUGAACACUGGUCCACCCCUACCUCCGUAUGGAAGGAACGCAACGCCAGACAUCUCGAGCUUGUCAAGGAGAAGGCAGAGGAGCGUUUGCUUUUCCAGGAUGCUGAACGACCUCCCGUUCACAGGUUGCGUUACACACAGAUUUUCGAGCAAGCAUCGCCUCACGCUGUUGCUCCUGGCUCGCAAGUUGACCUUUCCGAUCUUAAGAUCAAGAAGGCCUCUGAAUAA